CUCUGCUGUUCAAUCACAUCUGAUUCUUGCUUCGCACUUCUCGCACACAAUUUGUUUUUUUAUCCGCCUCCUGUUUCAUAUUUCCUCGGAGCAGCGGGAGACUGAUGAAUAAAUGAUGAUGAAGUGAUGAAUUAGAGAUGAAAAAUUAAUAAGUGAUGGCCCGAGAUAAUGGUUGUCUGUGGUCACGUGACCCCGCCCCCCGUCUUUACUGUUUGCGGGAAGUCUUGUCAGUUCAUUCACCGUGAGCACGAGGACACACACGGAUGAUGCCCGAGCUCCAGACAAACGUAUCUUGCAUCACGCCACCAGUGAGUGAAGCUGCUUCUCUGACAACCAAUGAGAGUUUGUCAACAUGCGAGCCUCCGUAUAAUGAUGGCCGCCUGCCACUGGUGCUGCUGUACAGUGUUGUGCUGGUUGUUGGCCUGCCUGCUAACAUUGUGACAGUCUACCUCACCUGGCAGCAGGUACGCAGGAAGAAUGUGUUGGCUGUUUACCUGUGGGGUCUGGCAGUGUGUGACCUCACCUAUCUGUUCACACUGCCUCUGUGGGCACACUACAUCAACCUUGGUCACCGGUGGCCAUGGGGUUGGCUCACCUGCAAGAUAACAGGCUACAUCUUCUUCAACAACAUGUACGUCAGCAUCUUCCUGCUCUGCUGCAUCUCCCUUGACCGCUAUAAUGCUGUGGUCUACAGCUUGGAGUCCCGUGGUCUGCGGCGGCAGCGCCCCGCCUUCAUCAUCACACUCACUGUUUUCCUGUUAGUCGCCAUUGUUCACGUCCCUGUCUUCAACAUGAAGGAAGGCAAUGCCAAUGAAAGUGACCAGCGCUGCUUUGAGCCAAAUGAAGACUACACCAAGCCAAAUCGAGACAACACCACUUUGAUGAUCUUAGACUAUGCCCGCGUUGUGAUCGGUUUCCUAAUCCCGCUGCUGCUGCUGGCGACAACGAAUCGCGGGAUCCUGGCCAACGUGCAGCGCAGCACAGGGCUGCAGUACAAGCAAAAGCAGCGAGUGCGCUGGCUGACGGUGGCAGUGGUGGUCCUCUUCCUGGUCUGCUUUGCCCCAUACCACCUGCUCCUGCUGGUCAGGACCACCAUGUUCCACUUCCCCCAGAAGAACACCUAUAUGUUCAAGAAGAUCAUUCACACCCUCUACACCAUCUCCAUUGGCCUGUCCACCAUCAACAGCGCCAUCGACCCCAUUCUCUACGUUUUGUCCAGCGACAACAUCCGCAAGGAGCUGUGCCAAGGAUUGACACAGAUCUGGGCCCGAGCACACCCGAGAUCACGAUCUGACAGCAGCCAGAACAAGAUCCAGCCCAGCAAGAACUCUUCUGAUCAGAAGGCAGGGACUGAGAUGGAGAGGCAGCAAGGAGGAAACCCACUUGUGCCAAGGACUGACACAGAUCUGGGACCGAGCACACCUGAGAUCACGAUCUGACAGCAGCCAGAACAAGAUCCAGCCCAGCAAGAACUCUUCUGAUCAGAAGGCAGGGACUGAGAUGGAGAGGCAGCAAGGAGGAAACCCACCAGAGUGUGCUGGUCUCUGAAGGACUCUUUUGGUCUCCACUGGUUUCUGCUGGUCCCUGCUAAUGUCUGCUGGACUCAGCUCAUCUCUGAUCUGGUCUUAGAGUUUGUCCUGAGACUAGAGGAAACAUCAUGGAGUCACUGAAGGGUGAGCAACGAGACCAGGACCAGGAGCUGGUGAGAUCUGUUUCUGCGGACUAAAGGGACGGACACAGGGACUUCCACUAAAAUUACUCAGGAGUUUGUUCAGGAAACUGAGGUUUUGAUUUUCCAGAGCAAACUGCAGCUGUUUGUUUUUGAAUGGCAGAAAUGUUGUGUUGUUUAUUUUCUCACCAGACACAGUAAAAUAUUUUCAUUUCAUCACAGACUAAAUGUUUGUCUAGGUCAUUUCUCGCCCGAGUCUGGUAAAAUGUUCAUGAGUCAAUUGUCUUCUGAAUUAAGACACAGAGUCAGAAACCCAAGUACAAUCUGAAUGUUCCAGUGCAGUACAAGUAUAAAGUCUUCCAGUCUGUCUCUGCUGUCUUCCAGCAGGCAGCAGGGGUUUCCUGUCUGCACCGAUAUGUCGACAAAACUUUGAUCCCGCUGAGCAGUUUACUGUUUUUCACAUCACCUGGCUGUCCGUUACCAUGACAACAGUCAGGCAGGUGACAGGAAGUGACUGAGAGUCAGUUACAGAUCUCUACGUUCAUUAACAACAACAACAAAUCAGGUUACCCAUGUUUACCAUGGUAACAGCAGGUGGUUUACAGGGAGGACAGGGGGAGGUGGAUUAACACGUUAGAUAAUUUUGUUGUCAGUUUCUCCAUAUCCUGGAUCUGGUUGUUCUAAGAAAGUCUCACUGGGCUUGUUGUCAUGGCAACAAGUCCAUCAUGUCAAACCUGUUCAGGAGCAGGUUAGUUUUCAGGCUUAUUCAGUGUAAACAAGGUAACUUCACAGAUUUAAGCGUCUUGGAGCAGGAAGUGACUCAACGACAUCAGAGUGAUAAGAUACGAGUUUAAAGAAAACAGACAGUACUGAGAAAUCAACAGAACCCAAACCGUUCUUAAUCAGAUGGUACCGUUUUAGUCUGGGAGGAAAUAGUUUAUGCUGCGUUUCCACAAUGGGACCCUAACCAGUGGUACACACCGUACAUUUCACCAUCACCGGGCGUAGCCUCCUGUUUCAUUAACUUUGUGUUUGCACACGGUGCUUGUAAUGCCAAGACGUGAUGAGCAUUACUCAGCAUGACACGUUUUGGUAGGUUCCUAAAACUGAACCUAUAGUGGACUGUUAGUGUCUCGUUUUGAGGGCAGACAAAGAGGAGCUGCACUCAGACCACCACUGACCUAAGGUUCCUCGCCAGGGGCAGUCUUUUAUACAGGGUUGUUGAUGUGGAAAACUUAAUAAAGAAGAGAGUUUGAGCUAUUUUAAAAGUGUACCUGGCUCUGAAACUGUUCCCGUGAGUUAUCAGAGUCGUGCCUUCUUCCCAUGUGCCAUAAAAACAAAGGAUCUAAAGCUAUUAUUACAAUUUUUCUCAAUAGCUGUGGCCAAGUUCAUUUACUGUAUCUAGGUUACAGUGACUUCAGAAAGGAUUCCCACCCCUACAUUUUACUACUGUAAAUUCAUACUGAAAUUGAAAAGAAGCACUUGGAAUAUGUAAGGAGUGAAGGGGUGGGAAUCCUUUCUGACAGGACUAUGUGUAAUUCAUAACAGUUGAGUCACUGACAUAUUUUAACAAAUGUCAAUAUAUAUGGUCUAGUGACUAGAUUCUAGUCACUGGCCGUGAGAUUAUGCACUUAUCUUAGAUGACUGAAUCCAGCUUUUCCAAUCAUAACAUAGGUGGGAGUUGGAGAACUGAAAUAUCCGGAUAACUUUUAGCUGACAUUGGAAAAUCCAGAAUUGCUCAUUUGAGCUAGGAUUUGUUUAGCAACGUACAAAGAACACCCCCUCAAUCACUACCACAGAAAACAAAGGAGAGCCGCAAACCAUUAUAACUGAAAAGCUGUAACUAGGGAACGUUUGGCAUUUUAGCCUGGAAACGAUUAGUGAUUUAAAAAGUUGCGGAUUAAUUUUCUGUCACUUGGGUAGCUACAUUACAAAUACAUCUGAGCCUAGUACAAGGACCACUCAUAUCCACAGGAAAAGAUAAAUAAAUGAUCCAAAACAGAACUUUGUAGUGC